UAUUAUUUUUUCUACAAUUUUUGAUAAUUUUCUUCAAUUUCGCAGGUGAAAAUAAUAUACCUGAGGAACUUGAGUGUGACCGAGUCCAGAGAAGAUUUGAAAGCGGUGGUAGAAAAAUAUGUCAACCCCUCGGAAGUAGAAAAAGUUUACAAGUUCAAAGAUUACGCAUUUGUUCAUCUAUCAUCGAGGGAAACGACCAUGAAACUAGUGGAACUUUUGAAACAACAUUUCAAAAACACAUUCGUCGAAAUUACUCUUGCAAAACCAGGAAAUCACUUUACGAAACCGGGAUAUCGCAAAUAUCAAAUGAUGAAAAAUAGUCCUUACCUACCGAAAGCGUUUGCAGAGUCAUCGAAUUCUGCUGCAUCAUCAAAUUCCAGCUCUCAACUAUGCGACGUAAAUUCCCAUCUAACAACUCCCAGUCCCCUUUCUGCAUCGAAUUGGAUUCAUUCUCUUCCCUCGUCCCCUGUUUCUUUUCCUUCAUCCACUAACCCAUGGCAAGAAAACGACCAAUUCUUCGAUGAAGAACAAAGCAACAUCUUUCACUUUAAUUUUCCCAUAACGUAUCACCUUCAGAAUGGAGUGAGAAAUAUGCAAAGAUAUAAUGAAUUUAUGGGACUUGAGGACUGCAAUUCAACCGAUACCUAUUCUUCUGAUAAUGGAUCUCAACACCUUGUUUCUGCAAUAAAAAAUAUUCUGAUUGAAGAGGACAACAGUACUGGAUAUCCUCACAUAAUGAACAAUUUGAAACUUUGCUGCCACAAAGACUACUUAUGGCAAUUUCAAGACAUACUGGAAAGUCAAUAUGAAAAUAGAAGAUAUUAAAAAAUAAUUUGUUCUUCCAAGUUGUAUUUAGAAUUGCACACCCAAUAUUUCCCGAGAUUUAAUUUAUUCCAGAAGUUUGCUCUUUUACAAGUAAUCUUCUUCACACACUAAGCCUGUUUACACUUUUUAUAUUUCUGUCCGUUUAUUUUCCUAUCAGAAGACAUUUGUGAUGUUUACCUAAUUCAUGUGCAUUACUAUUCAUACAAACUUGCUGAGUUAUAUAUGUUUUUUAUAAUCUUGGAAACAAGAAAUUUGAAUUUUUCGACUGAAUAUUACUAAGGAUAUUUGUUUUUUAAAAAGAGAUUUCUUAUUAUGGCGAGAAGAUCUCUAAAGUAUAGAAUCUUGGCUUUAUUUGGAGGUUUAUCUCGAGUAUUCCUCAUUAUUUAAUUUCCUAUGUUAUUGUUUUGAUAAAGUUUAUUAGAAUUUGUUUUUCAGUUUAUUUUAUAUAUUUUGUAUUCAUACAGAGAUGUUGAGUUAUAAAUUUCAGAAUUCUGAAAUAUUUUUGUAUU